GCGGAAAAGUUCCCAAACCUUUUGUCCGACCUGGGAGUGAAUCAUCCAGGCAGAACUUCCGGAUGCAGCGACGAGUUUUGGCACUUUAAUACCUUGUAUGACGGCGUGAAUGUUACAGACCUCAAAGCCACAUCCUUGGUGCACUUGGAAGGCAUCGCCAACGGCGACCUACAGUACGAUGCCCACGAACCGCAGGGACAAUGCGACACUUUUGUGUACUGGCAUUCAGAGGACUCUGGCGUCAGUUCCCCCAUGUUUCGACAGUAG